UACACUCAUCUGCUGCACCUGCCAGCUGCACUUUCUCUUUCCUUCGCAAAUCGACUUGUAUAUCAACACCCACUGCACCUGACACGACCAAACCAGACCCAGAACUCGAUCAUACCCGACCUGAAUUCUUUGGCUACGGUGAUCCGACGAUCCGAAUGGCUCGGAAGAAGAUCAGAGAAUACGACUCCAAGAGGCUGCUCAAACAACACUUGAAACGAGUCGCCGGAAUCGACCUCCAGAUCAACUCAGCUCAGGUGACCGAGUCCACGGACAUCGCUGAGUUGGCGAACACGGAGACAUGGCUGUCGUCGACGAGGCUAGUGGUGAAGCCCGAUAUGUUGUUCGGGAAGCGCGGGAAGAGUGGCCUUGUUGCUCUCAAUUUGGAUAUGGCUCAGGUCGCCGAGUUUGUGAAGCAGCGUCUUGGCAAGGAGGUUGAGAUGGGAGGCUGUAAGGCACCUAUAACGACGUUUAUAGUGGAGCCAUUUAUGCCUCACGAUCAAGAAUUUUACCUUUCGAUUGUUUCUGAAAGGCUUGGAUCGACUUUGAGCUUUUCGGAGUGUGGAGGAAUUGAAAUUGAAGAGAACUGGGACAAGGUUAAGACUAUAUUUCUUCCGACCGAGAAGUCUUUGACAAAUGAGGCUUGUGCUCCACUGAUUGCCACUCUUCCAUUGGAGGUCAGAGACAAAAUUGGGGAUUUCAUAAAGGGCGUCUUCACUGUAUUUCAGGAUUUGGAUUUUAGCUUCCUGGAAAUGAACCCAUUUACCUUGGUUAACGGUGAACCUUAUCCAUUGGAUAUGAGGGGGGAGCUAGAUGACACUGCUGCGUUCAAAAACUUCAAUAAAUGGGGUAACGUGGAGUUUCCACUGCCUUUUGGCAGAGUUUUAAGUCCUACAGAAACAUUUAUUCAUUCUUUGGAUGAAAAGACAAGUGCAUCCUUAAAAUUCACCGUGUUGAACCCAAAGGGACGCAUCUGGACCAUGGUAGCUGGAGGUGGUGCAAGUGUUAUAUAUGCUGAUACUGUUGGAGAUUUGGGUUAUGCUUCAGAACUCGGAAAUUAUGCAGAGUAUAGUGGAGCUCCAAAUGAGGAAGAGGUGUUGCAAUAUGCGAGAGUUGUGAUUGAUUGUGCAACUGCUGAUCCAGAUGGUCAGAAAAGAGCUCUUAUUAUUGGAGGUGGUAUAGCUAAUUUCACAGAUGUUGCUGCUACAUUUAAUGGAAUCAUUAGAGCCCUCAGAGAGAAGGAAUCCAAGCUAAAAGCAGCAAGAAUGCAUAUCUUCGUGAGAAGGGGUGGUCCAAAUUAUCAAACUGGUUUGGCAAAGAUGCGUGCGUUGGGAGAGGAACUUGGAGUUCCUUUUGAGGUUUAUGGGCCCGAGGCAACAAUGACUGGAAUUUGCAAGCAAGCAAUUGAGUGCAUCAUGGGUGAAGAAUAAGAAAGAAUUCUUAUUUUCAGUUUUUUGUAUGAGUUUUGGAGGUUCAGAGUGUGUGUAUUAUGAUUUGGCUAAAAAAGAAGUGUGCAUUGUGAGUUUGUCUCUGGAAGAUGAGACCACAGCUGAAAUAAUUUAAAAUUUCCAAUCUUUCUAGUUUUGUGAGUCUCUGACUGAUACAUUCCCUGUGUUUUAAGUGUUCUUGUUCUUGUUUAGAAAUGAAUGGUUGCUCUCCCUCCUA